CCAGAUGCCGCAGGUUAGUCUUAAUGGGGAAGAAUUAAAUAUCAGCGGCGGCUGUGCGACGCCCUGUUUUAUAUCCAUCUACAUGUUUAACUCUCCUCACUUUCUUCUGAUGAUGAUUCGCGGCCAGUUUGAAAUGCUUCCUUUUCAGCGGCCGGCCAGCUCGGCCCCUCUGGCCGGGCACUACUGCGGCAUUUUCGCAGGUACCUCACGCAACAAGCCGGCACAUCUGAAAGGCAUGUAUGACAGGCAAGGGGGUGCGGCCAAGGGGGCCGCAGGAAAGGCGCGGAGGGCGAGGUCCACCCUCAGGAAAACAAAAGUUUGAGGUAGAUCAUAGGAUCGGGGCAAACUCUGUCAUGGGACUGAAGGAGUGAGCAUCUUCUACGUGGAUCUUCACGGCUUCGCUCAGGAUUUCAGGCAUCUUCCUUCAGAGGUCCCGGCAUGUCUCUUCCAUGUCUUACUAUCGACCAUAAGUACCAUGUAUUGGAAAGGCGAACAGAUACUUGUAUGCAGUAAAGGGAAGGAUAAAGGAAAUGGGUUAAAGUCAAUUUCGAGUGACACGGUAAGUGCCAUCAGUCCGCGCUAUGGACGUUACUGGGAACUGGCGCUGCAUUCGGGCAAAUGAAGCCGAAAUUCAGUGUGAGUCCCAGCUUAGCCACUCGCUAAUCAGAACUGCCAUUCCAAAUAAAAUGGAGCUUUUAGUUUCUUAUUCCUCAGGGGAUUGCAUGACACUUUCAGGGGUUGUCUGCAUGCUGAGCGCUUCGCCGGGACGGUCGCACUUCACGCGCACGUAACUCUGCAAAGCAUGAAUCCCUUUACUUCAAAAUUAUCAGUCAUCUGUGAUGUGUGUGUGUAUGUGUGUGUGUGUGUGUAUACGUGCGUUUCCCCUUUUUCCUGCUUUCAUAUUGCCGCCUCUCGCUCUUCCCGGGCAGGAGCACCAGGCCUGUUAAAUCCCCUAAUUAGCACUCCAACGCUUUAAUAAGGCACUUAACCUUCCGCGUCCCCCCUGUUCAAAUGCAGUCUGCGUCUAGCGCGUUUAAUUGCUGUGAUUAAACGAAUCGAUUCGUUUCUCCCAGACCCGGAACUUUUGAUUGACAGCAGAAAUUGAUAUUUUGGCGAGUAAAGCGUUUGUCUGAGACGUCCUAGGUACCGAGAACUUAUCUUGGUCUUAGGCAAUAAUAACGUGGGGCUAAGCGGCGUGUUUUUUUGUAAGCAGGGGCUUUCUAAAUGACAUCUUAAUCAUCGCCGGGGUUGUCAUGGUGAAAAGUUUACCGCUAUGGCUGAAGACUGCGAAGGGGCAGCGACUGACUCUUUUGGAAGAUGUAGGAGAAGCAGAGGAGAUGCUGAACAGCUGAUGUCGGGUAUUCAGAUUGACCUGAGCCUCGCAUCUGCUCCCCAGAGCACGGCCGAGGACCUUUUCGAAGAGGACUCCUGCUCCCUGUCCUCCUCCCUGUCGCCGUGCGCGUCGCCGCGAAGCAUGGCCGCGGCCGCCCUGCACGCCAAAGCCGUCUGCACCAGCUGCGGCUUGGACAUUGUCGACAAGUAUCUGCUCAAGGUUAACGACUUGUGCUGGCAUGUGAGAUGCCUCUCUUGCAGCGUCUGUCGCAUUUCUCUGGGGCGACACGCCAGCUGCUACAUUAAGGAGAAGGAGGUGUUUUGCAAACUUGACUACUUCAGAAGAUACGGGACGCGGUGUGCCCGCUGCGGCCGGAACAUCCACUCCACGGACUGGGUGCGCAGGGCCAAGGGCAACGUCUACCACCUGGCGUGCUUCGCCUGCUUCUCCUGCAAGCGGCAGCUCUCCACGGGGGAGGAGUUUGCCCUGGUGGAGGAGCGGGUCCUGUGCCGUGUGCACUACGACUGCAUGCUGGACAAUCUGAAGCGGGCCGUGGAGACCGGAGGUGGUAUAAAUGUAGAUGGUGCAGUGCCGUCAGAGCAGGAAGCGAAGCAGCCCAGGCCGGCUAAACGAGCACGCACCAGCUUCAGCGCCGACCAGCUGCAGGUGAUGCAGACGCAGUUUGCGCAGGACAACAACCCCGACGCCCAGACGCUGCAGAAGCUGGCGGAGCGGACGGGCCUGAGCCGGCGUGUCAUUCAGGUUUGGUUCCAGAACUGCCGCGCUCGUCACAAGAAGCACGUCAGCCCCAGCCACGCGUCUGCUGCCCCAGUGUCCUCGCUGCCAUCCCGCCUGUCUCCGCCGCUGAUGGACGAGCUGCAUUUCUCCACCUUCGGGCCGGCGGACGGGCCCAUGCUCACCGCGCUGCAUUCCUAUGUGGAUGUUCACUCUCCGGCAGUGGUAUUCCAGCCCCUACUGUCUCACUCCAUGACGCAGCUCCCUGUCAGUCACGCCUGAGCUUCCCGGGGUGUGGAUCUGUGACCGGGCUCCACACGCGGGUCACAACUGUGUCUGCAGCACAGUGAGACCUGCCACUCAAACCCGAGGCCAGGGGCAGAAGGAGGUGCCCCCACCCUCACAGGAGGGAAAAUAAUUCAGUGUUAAACGAGGUUGUUGUAAAACCAUUUUUUUUUUUUUUUUUGAAUAUCUAUUGGUGAGUAAAUUCAUGGUAUUUAACUUAUUUUGUGUAUGUGACACAGCACUUUGUUUUAAAAUAAAACGGUUGCAGAAGUGGA